UCCAUGAGAGUGAGUUUAAGUUGUGUUAGAGCGUCAUUUAGGGGCAUUUUGUCCCCUUUUGGGCCAAUUUAAUCACCCCUGAGUCCUGACAUGUCACGUUGACACUUAUCAGCUGAUUGUGUCAGUGUCUGUUUUGUGUUUUUAAUCAAAACCACGUUUCUGGUGAUAACAACCCGUUUUAUCACAAUGUUAUGCCAUCUCGAGUCAGAUUCCCCCCUGCCAUGACCGGCCAAGGUCCCAAUAAUGUCCUUGAAGCUCAUGUCGGCUGUAAUUUCGCCCAAAACACCAACCCACAGUCACGAACCCGCUGAUAAACUCCUGAAACAGUUGCUCGAGUGUGUGCAAGCGUGCCAAAAACGCUAUGGGGGAAAAACCGAACUAGCAACAGAGUUUGACAGUUGUGUGGUAGCCCUGUGUGUGACACUCGAAGCGGUUUUGUUGCACGGCCUCCGAGGCCCCACUCUACGACAAGUAGCCAGGGGCGAAGCCCCCACGUUUUGGCCCUUCGUUAGGCAACAUUUAACGAAGCACGAGCAGGAGAGAUACGCCGUUUUGAAACAGAUUUGGACCGACACAGGCCGGGGGCGUGCAUGGAUCAGGGCUGCGCUCAACGAGCGGUCUCUCGAACGGUAUUUCCACAUUUUGUUGAGCAACCCCUCGAUUUUGGAGUCUCACUAUGAGGGCUGGGCCAUCUUGCGCGACUUGGAGAGGAGCUCCAUGUUGCCCAACAUGGCCGGGGGCGUAGCCUCCAUCCUCUUCGCCAUCAGUAUCGACAAACCGGAGCUGAACUCGGGACGCCCCCCACGCAUCAAAACCCGAGCGGAGCCCAUCAUCGAGGCCCCCUUGAGUCAACGCCCCAAGACAAGGACACGGAAAAAGGUGGCGCGACAAUUCAUUUCGUUUGAUGACGACGAUAGUGUCCCAUCGACUUCGAGCAGUAUUUCCCCGGAAAAACUCACGGAAAUGGCCGAAAACGACCAACCGAAACGGAAAUUACCGGUCGAGACGUGUGAGAAAUACCGGGAAAUCCCCGAAACACUCACGCCGGUUACUCACACCGAAAUCGGGGAACUCACACCGAUUUCGGUCGAACUCGGGGAGAAUUUCGACGAAGUGGAAGUCCCGAGUGACAUUAGCGAAGUCCUAACAGCCGUCGAGACACGCAAUAAAGAGGAAUUGAGUAAAAAACAAGAGAAAAUCGAUCAAUUAUCCAAAGAAAACGAGAUUCUCAAAGAACAGGUGAAAAAGUACGUCAGUGCGAUUCAGAUGUUGAAAAACAAUGAAAAUCUCACACUUGAGGAUUUGGACAUCAACCAACAGCCCGAUUAUCAGGGGGAGGCAAAACUUUUCGAAAAAAAAUUAGUCCAAGUGGCCGAAAUGCACGCCGAAUUGAUGGACUUCAAUGUGGUUUUGCAAAAAUCACUGUGUCAGAAAGACCAGCUUGUGGAGCGUCUCAAGGCCGAGCUGGAGACACUCCGGGGGCCCUGUGACGACGACACACAAACCGGAAAUGUCAACGUGUGGAUCCCCUCGGCGUUUUUGACAGGAAGUGGGUCAAGUGCCCAUCAUGUUUAUCAAAUUUUUUUAAGGGCAGGCAAUGACGAGUGGAAUAUUUAUCGGAGAUAUGCGCAAUUUUACGCUUUGCAUUCCGACUUGAAAAAACUUGAUCCGGCAGUGACCGCGUUUGAUUUCCCGCCAAAAAAAAGUUUGGGGAAAAAGGAUUCAGCGUUGGUUGAAGACCGGCGAAAGCGACUGCAAGUUUAUUUGAGGCGUGUUUUAGCACAUUGGCCCGAAUUGUCGCAUUGCAAUAGCCGAUUUUUGUUGGAGCAACAUUUGGCUUUCUUCAAGGAUCAGAAGGACGGUGAGCCAAAUAAAGGGAUUUUCUCGCCGAGGAGAACUCGAAAUACUCAUGAUAAUCACUAUUCAGGGCUUUAAACUAGAUCUGGGAGAUUUCCACCAAUAAACUAGUUUUAUUUAAGAUAUUUUGUACAUUUUAGGGUCAUUCGUUAGGUACUGUUGGUAUUGUAAUAAGUUUUAUAUUUUAUGAUGAACAGUAACGAAAUAAAAAGUUAUUUGAUAAUUUAA